AUGGCUUCUUCCUCCGUCGCUCCGGAGCCCGCCGUUCUCUGCAACUCCCUUAUUUCCCAUCUCCAGUGGUCACUGUACGACGCCAGGGGCCUCCUUCCUUCUCUCGCGAAUGCGUCAUCUUCUUCCUUCCCGUUGAACUCUCUUUACGUCGGGGGGUUUGCCCAGCCGCUCGCUCGCCGACGACGCGGCGCCGCCCGGCCGGGCUUCUCCGCUAGCAUCGCGUGCGGUGGCUCCAGGGGCCGUGGUCUGUGGGAGGAGUUCAACAAGUUCGUCAGGUUUCACUGUGGGGGCCUGCCUCUUGGAUUUGCCUCGAUUGGUAUUUCGGACGAAGCGGGGGCGGGGGCAGGGGAAGGCCCCAGCGUGUUGGAGGACGAUGGUUUGGGGGCGAACGCGGUGGAAUUAGAUCGUCCCAAGAGGGUGCUGAUACUGAUGAGCGACACGGGAGGGGGACACAGGGCGUCCGCCGAGGCCAUAAAGGCGGCCUUCCAUGAGGAGUUCGGCGACGAGUACCAGGUCCGUCCUCCUUCCUUUUUCUUUCUUCACAAAGGAGGGGGAGGGCGCGCCGUUCUUCUGUACUGCAUGAUCUCGCUGCGGGCCUCUUGGGGGAAGGGCUUUCCUGAAUGUUCUUAGCAGAGGGUUGAUGCAGGUUUUUGUGACGGAUUUGUGGACAGACCACACUCCAUGGCCUUUCAACCAGUUGCCCCGGAGCUACAACUUCCUGGUAAAACAUGGGGCCCUGUGGAAGAUGACCUACUAUGGAACUGCGCCACGACUUGUGCAUCAGCCCCAUUUUGCUGCGACCUCAACUUUCAUAGCCAGGUGCGCUCCAUUUUCCCAUGCCAGAAAUCCAUCGGUUACCAAGGUCACUCCGAAUUUUCUUUAUAUUAGGAUUUAUUUAUCUACCAAGCGCACAAACGUUUUCGUCGAGAAUGGUUUUCUUCUAAUUCCAAAAAAAUUGCCUGGCAUCCUUGUGGGAGCCUCGAUACUGGGUUUGCAGAUAUGGUGUUCAUCUUAUCUUUAAUCCACGAAGUCUCUGAGAAUUAGCUAUUGGAAGUUCACAUUCAGUCCCAUCCAUACAAUCAGAUGAUGAUUUUUGUGCAACUGAGAGCACUCUCUUUGCCUCAGAAUAUGAAUUAGUUUCUGUCCUGAUGUUGUUUUCUAGCCUCUACCUAUGUCGUCACUGAUAUGGAAGCAAGUUUUGAGAUCAAUACACCCCAUUUUAAUGGCAGAAUUUAAGUGGAUUCAUUGUGCCUUUGUGUGGUGAUUUUUAGAAGAAGAGUUUUUCUUAUCAGAGUUUGGUUUCUACCACUUUUUGAUAUUUCAUGAAUCAAUGCCAAUCGUCUGUCGUCUGGAACAUGUUUCUGUGAAUCAAGCAUAUGCCAUUGUUGUGAGAAAAAGAUCUGCUGUCGGCAUCAGCCCUGUUUCUUUGCCAUGAAGAGAAGCUCCGGCAAUUAGAAAAUAUUGCAAGCAGAGAAAAAGAUUACCUGGAAUCAAGGCAGGAAGGGUUGGCCGUGGUUUAUCCCAACCCUGCCUCAUGUCCUCUGUGGGCUAUGGCAGGGUAAGUUUUCUUCUCCAAAUCCCUAGAAGUCUGGGCUUCUCAGGGUUCUGGUACAGACCCACGUUAUGAAUAUACCCAUUGAUGUGCCCAUAUGCGGAUAACAUAAAAAAAUUAGUACAUAGAAAUCCAGUUGUGUACAUCGUCUUGGGUUUUCUAAUGGUUUCUUUUUUGUCGCAAUUGUUCAAGUUAUUAUGAAAAUUCCCGUUCUUUGAAUGCCUGAUUUUGUCCGUUUACCAGGCUGACAACAUGUCGAGCUUUCUCUUUACCUGCAGGGAGGUUGCAAAAGGGUUGAUGAAGUACCAGCCAGAUAUCAUCAUUAGCGUUCAUCCUUUGAUGCAGCACGUUCCACUUCGAAUUUUGAGAGCCAAAGGCCUUCUUAAGAAGAUUGUGUUCACCACUGUUAUCACUGACCUGAGCACCUGCCAUCCUACAUGGUAGUGUACUUCUGCGUGUGGAAAUCCCUUAUCUUUUAGGGUUUAUCUUUCUUCUUCGCUUAAUCCCUCUAAGCUUAUGAGUAGUUGACCGUGCUGCUCCCGUUCAGGUUCCAUAAGCUUGUAACAAGGUGCUACUGCCCAUCAGCAGAGGUGUCGAAGAGGGCUCUGAAAGCUGGGUUGAAGCCUUCUCAAAUCAAGGUUUAUGGCCUCCCUGUGCGACCAUCAUUUGUGAAACCAAUCCGGUUAAAGGUGAGUUAUCUCUUUCACUCUAUGCCAUUCAAAACUAGAAAAGUAUAUCUCUUCUUUCUUACUUAUACGAUUUUGGAUCAACUAGAUAAGCCCUAUUAUUUAACCAUUUAAUGUUCCUGAUUAUUUACUCGAUGUGGGUUCAAAACCUUGCUUUUAGGUUGAACUAAGGAGGGAUCUAGGGAUGGACGAAGAGUUGCCUGCUGUUUUGCUGAUGGGAGGAGGAGAAGGAAUGGGACCGAUUGAGGCCACUGCUAGGGCGCUCGCGGAUUCAUUAUAUGAUGAGUCCCAAGGGGAGCCUCUUGGACAGAUGCUUAUAAUAUGUGGGCGGAAUAAAAAGCUCGCCAGCAAAUUGGAGUCAGUUGAAUGGAAGAUCCCUGUGAAGGUACGAUGAACUGCUCUGGUUGCUAGAAAUCUUCAGAAUUUGGUGAAUUUCCCAAGGACAUUAUGUUGGAAAGAUUUUUUUUUAAUCUACUCAUGCAUUGCUUAUUGAAUUAUAUCCACUUUUUCCUCUGUAUUUUUGUUUAUAUAAAUUUAUCCCUUUUAUGGAUGAACUAGCAGGAAAUGGAUUGAAAUUUCCCCCCUCUUUUUUGGUGCUUUUGUUCCUCUUCCGUCCUUAACUUCCCCAUUUCCGUUCUCUUCUUUCUUGGUCAACUAGGUUCCUAAAGUCAACUGGGUCUCCUAUUCUCACCAUGAUCUAACCAAAAUGGCCAUGGCAGUAUCCUGAUCUAACGUUCUUCGAGUAAAAUGAAUUGAAAACGUCACAUAAGUUACAUAUUGAAGAAAUUAUCAUAGUUAAAUGUGUGGGCUUCGUGGAAUUCUCCGACUAAAUUUAUUUCUAUCUCCCGGAAGAUCAUGGCGCGGAUCAGAUGAAGAAAUUCACCUUGCCCAUAUUUGUCUUUUAUUAUAAUUAACUGAUACAAUGUGGAGUUUUCCCCAAAAAAGUUACCUGGGCAUCUCACAUGACAUCAUCUCCUUUGAUGAAUUUAUUUAGUAUCGAGUGGAAAUCAUCAUAUUCCCUGUGAAACGGCUCAUAAUCCUCUUUUUACAUAGUUUCUCCUUGACAUGUUCAGGUGAAGGGAUUCAUCAACAAGAUGGAGGAAUGCAUGGGGGCCUGCGACUGCAUCAUCACCAAGGUAAUGCUCCUGACAUUAUUCUUAUCCGCGGAAAUUAUGCUUUUCACUGUGCCUUAAACGUAAUGAAAUAAUUCUUCUGCUUGCAGGCCGGCCCUGGGACCAUCGCAGAAGCCAUGAUUCAGGGCCUUCCCAUAAUCCUGAACGACUACAUCGCUGGCCAGGUACACCCCACCACCCCCCAUUUUUAUUUUUUUUAAUAUCAUGUUAGGAAGUAGUAUGAUGGCCUUAAACCACAUUAAUGUGAAGGGCUUUUUUAUUUUAUCUCCCCCUCCCUGGAAACCAUGUGAAUUAUUGAUGAGUAUCCAUAUCGAUCGAUUGCACUAUCAUACUCUUGGAUUAGCCAAAUUAUAUUCGACAUACCCUCAUGUUAUAUUCUCUCUCUAUGGGCUCGUUCACCCCAUAGAGAGAGAAUGUAUGUGGGUUCGAUGUGGGAUGGGGAUUGAAGGGGAGAGAACAGUUUUUACAUAGGAUUAUGAUUCUUUUCCAGAGGCCUAGAAGAAUAAUUGGAAAGUAAAUGUCUCUACCAACAACUCGGCUAAUCUCUGGGGAGCUAAAACCAAAUAAUCCUAAUAUAAUAUAUGGGGAUUCCCAAAUCAGUAAUAAUCUAUUAACGCCACUUUAUUCUUCUUCUUCUUCUUCUUCUUUCUGACAGGAAGCUGGGAAUGUCCCAUAUGUGGUGGAGAACGGCUUCGGCAAGUUCUCCAAGUCACCCAAGGAGAUCGCCGGCAUCGUUGCCCAGUGGUUCGGGCCGAAGGCCGAGGAGCUCAAGGCCAUGUCGCAGAAUGCCCUGAGGCUUGCCAGGCCCGAUGCGGUCUUCAAGAUUGUUCAUGACCUCCAUGAGCUCGUGAGACAGAGAAGCUUGGUGGUUCCCCAGUACUCGUGA